AAAAAGAGACAAUCAUACGUCGGUAAGAAUUUCCGUUGAGAAUUGCCGUUGAGAUAUUUUUAUUUCUGUAAAUAUUAAGAAAAAUCUCAAAUCUCAGUAGUAUAUUAGAAAUUCAAGAAGAAGACGACGAAAGGAAAUCUGAAACAAGUCGAAGACGAAGAAGAUGUCUCACGAUAGACACUCUUCUUCUACAUCCAUUUCAUUCGAGGAGAAUAAUAUGUUUGUGGACAUACUACACGAAGCUCCAUUAUACGGUCAUCGCAAACCUACACGCAUUGUUGCCAAUAUUGUCUACUGUUUUCUCUUGGCAGGUUACGGUGUCGUGGCUAUAGCCAGUCCAUGGAUAUUUGUUGGGAUACAAGGAUUUGUUGCACCAUUACUUUGCAGUUGUAAUGUUGCUCUUUUAUUAAUAACAGGAAUAUUUCAACAAUAUCUGGUCUAUGAAGUUCAGAAAGUACGGUUGCAGGGUUACUAUGUUUUCAGCCAGAAAUUGAAGCAUAUUAUGCGUCUUCCUUUUGCUACUAUUACAUACGGUACUUGUAUUAUGCUACUUGUAAUGGUAUGGCAACCUGAGUUUGGUAUCCUCUCUCUCUCUGCAUUGCUGAGGAUAAUUAUUUUGGUUGAAGUCGUGUGUGCUGCAUCUUUUAUGGGUCUCUACAUUGCUUAUGUCCAUCAGUACAAUUGUUUGAACUCUCAGCCCGAUGUUUUGAAGUCGUUAUACUCUGCGCUUCAGCCAGCAAGUCCCUUGGAAGAAUUUAGGUAUCAUGAUGGUGGUCGUCUUUCUGAUCAGCAAAUGGCGUUGCUGCAAUAUCAAAGGGAAAACAUUCAUUAUUUGAGUGAGGAGAUUCUUCGCUUGCAAGAAUGCUUGAGUAAAUAUGAACGCUCUGACGACGGAAGCACACCCCAGGUUGAUUUAGCCCAUCUAUUAGCUGCUCGGGAUCAAGAAUUACGAGCACUAUCUGCUGAGAUGAAUCAAGUACAGUCAGAGUUACGUCUUGCUCGUAAUUUGAUUGCUGAGAAGGACUUGGAAGUCCAAAAAAUUUACGCAACUAACAGUCAGUAUAUCAAGGAAAACGAGAGACUGAGAGCUAUAAUGGGAGAGUGGAGUGCCCGAGCAGCUAAGCUUGAACGAGCUUUGGAGGCUGAACAGAGAUCAAAUCUGGACCUGCAGAAGAAGAUAUCGAAACUUAGAAACCAAUCAACAACUGAGAAAACUGAAAUUUAAAAAUCAAUUUAUCGACACAUCUUCUGAACUAAAAGUGUACCACCAUUGUUCCUCUUUGUAUAAAUCUACUCCCUCUUCUUCUCUGUUCAUAAAUUUUCUAUGAAAUCACAGGACAAUCGUUAAGUACUUUUGUAGUAAAUAGUUGUAAAAAUCAAUUUUUUAUUUGUCGGCCAUCUAUAUUUGUAUUUGCUAGCGACUCCCAUCCCUUAUGUUCCUUCAUGAAUAUCUCUUUUUCUUUUCUUUGAUAAUUCUUAAUUUUCUGUUUGUUAGGUGUCAAA